CGCACGCCGCACGCAUAGAGGACAGAAGCCGGACUGGAGAGGGAGGAAGACCGCUGCCGAGUACGUAGCCGGUCGCAGCUGCUCCGCCGCUGUUUCAGUCACCGGAAAUAGAACCUCCACCCCGCCGUGUUGCCACCGUGACCAGCGCCGCUGCUCUGCCAUCUUCUCCAUCGAUUGAAUCAUUGAUCUACUUUGUUAAAUACGUCGAAUUCAAGGUAACAUCAAUGCUAAAUAAGGAACUAUCCAGGAGGGCAGCGAGGGCAGAGAGGUCGAUGGAUGUUAGCUGGAGUAGUUUAUUAUUUAAUACUUAAGUUUGAAUUAUUUACUCCCUCCGUCCCUGAAAACAUUUCCCCUUUCUUUUUUCAUCCGUUCCAAAAAACACUUCUCAUUUUUAUUUAAAAGUCACUUUUACCCCUUACUUUUUCAUACCCUACCUAUCACAUCAUACCUUUUUACUAAUAAUCUAUCCAUCAAAUCAUAAUUUUACCCAUCACAUCAAAGGAUAUUUUUGGAAAUUCAAUACCAAAAUACACUCCCAUUAAAUCCCUCUUCAAAAUUAAAACUCUCAUGUUUUCCGGGACGGAGGGAGUAUGUUUUAAAGGGAAAGAACCCAAGUAAUCACAAAGUUCUCCAAGGCAAUUUUUUUUUUUAUAAAACUCUGCGAACAAACAAGUGUAGAGUGCUUCACAACAAUCAGGCACCAACCAAUGACCAGAACGGCGCAGACACCACAAACAAUAGCAACUGGAAUCGCUCCAAAAUUCAGCGCCGCGCGUCCCCCAAUGCCGGCAUUGCAAUCUUUCUCUUUAAACUUGGAGUGCUUGUUUCCCUUUGAGAGAGGCUGUAGAGGCUUUGUAGUGAGUACAUGUUUGAUGUGCAUCUUUCGUAAGAGCCCAAUGUUGGUUUGAUUGCAGCAAUAACCGUGAAUGUUUGGA